GCUAUCUCACAGAAGCAUCACUAGGGAUACAGUGGUUUGUGGAAGGAGGAUGUGAACACUCAGCUAUGGGUGCAGGAACAGACCCAAGUCCUACAGAAGGGACACAGAGCUGAGUAGGAUCCGACCAUGGAUAUGCUGCCAGCUAUUGUGAAUCAGAGCCAUCUGGUCCUGCCCGAUGCCAACAUCUCAUCGUUGGGAUUUCUGGGCUCAUGGAGAGAGCCUACAUUUACAGCAGCUGCUAAAGUACGUGUGGGAGUCACCUGCUGCUUCUUCCUACUGGCAUCAUGUAGUAACGUGGCCGUACUGUGCAGCAUCAGCAGAAAGCGAUGCAAGUCUCAUCUCCGGAUCCUGCUUCUCAGCCUCUCUGUGGCCGACCUGCUGGUCACCUUCCUGGUGAUGCCCCUGGAUGCCCUGUGGAAUGUGAUGGUGCAGUGGUACGCAGAUGAACUUUCCUGCAAGAUCCUUAACUUUGGGAAGUUAUUUGCUAUGUACUCUGCAGCUCUAGUGCUAGUGGUGAUCAGCCUGGACCGUCAGUGGGCCAUUCUCUACCCACUCAGCUUCACCAGUGCCGGCCAACGCAACCGCAUUAUGCUAUGGAUGGCCUGGAUUGGCAGCCUGCUAUUAGCAUCACCCCAGCUCUUCCUCUUCCGUCUGCGAACUGUCCCCGGAGCCAACUUCACACAGUGCGCUACACAUGGGAGCUUUGCCCAGCGCUGGCAGGAGACCACUUACAACAUGUUCACUUUUUGCACCCUGUUUGUCACUCCACUGGGCGUCAUGAUUGUAUGUUACACCCGCAUCCUCUGGGAAAUCGGCAAACAGGUGAAACACAAGAAAGAACUUGCAAGGAGUAAGAAUGACCUCAUCUCAAAAGCAAGGCUGAAAACAUUGAAGAUGACAUUGGUUAUUGUCGUUUCAUUCAUGGUCUGUUGGACUCCAUAUUAUCUGUUAGGCAUAUGGUACUGGUUCCAUCCAGAGAUGAUCCUCCUGACCCCUGAGUAUGUUCAUCAUAGCUUGUUCCUCUUUGGUCUCCUUCACACCUGCACUGAUCCUCUUGUGUAUGGCCUGUACACCCCAUCCUUUAAAGAGGACAUGCGCAACUGUCUCCAAAAAAUACGUUGUCUGUUGACAAGGAGAGAUAAGAACAGCAAGCAGCUAGCAGACUCUGAGAUGAAUACCAAAUACUUUACCUCGAUGGAUGGACCAACAUCUACUGGAUCAACCCUACAGUCUAUCUUCUGAAGAAAAUAUUACAAACAGUACUUUUACUGGGCUGUCACUAUAAAGCACUGCUCCAAAUCCAUAUAAGACACUUUCCAUAUAAAAUAUAUGUUAAAGCCAGUAAUUUAAUUACGUUGGAUAACCAAUGCAUAGGUUAGGACAGUGGUUCUCAUCCGCGGUCCUCAAGUAUCCCCAACAGUUCAUGUUUUCCAGGUCUCCUCACAGAUAUGCAAGUGAAAAUAAUUUACUCCCCCUGUGGGUCUUUUAAAAAGUGUCAGUGAGUAAUGAAUACACCUGUUCAACUGCUCAGUGACUUGGAAAACAUGAACUGUUGGAGGUACUUGAGGACCGAGGUUGAGAACCACAGGGUUAGGAGAUACAGUCCAUUUACUACCGAUCAAUCCAGCAAGCUGAGUCAUGCCCAUUAGGAGUCCUGACGCUUUGCACAUCAAUAGUAUCCAAUUCUGGAAUACACUAUGGGGGAUAAUCAGAAAAUCUGCAUUAAUUCGACCUAUGUGUAUUUAAUAGCGGGCAUUUUCACCCGUUUUUGGAUCCAUUUUCACUCAUGCCUUUUCGGGGUAUUUUUUCUGUCGAAGUGGCAUGGGUGAAAACAGAAACCUAAAAACGGGCGAAAAUGCCGGCAAAUUCGUCAAAACGCAUGUAUCGGCAGCGAAUUCACCGAUCCAUAUGGUUUCGCCCAUGCCAGAUUUUUUGCCCAAUUGAAAAAACGGCACGGGCAUUGAAUAGGUCGAUUGUAAAUUCGACCUAAAAAUGGGUGAAAAGUGACGUUUUUUUUCCGACUGGUUGAAAAAACAUCAUUAAUUGAAUAUCCUCCUAUAUAUCUACAAAUUAAUUUGACUGCUUUGUGUCUUUGCCCAAAUAACAAUUCUGGAAUGAUUAGAAGUUUACCAGGUUUAGUUGUAUGUUCCUUUAAUAAAGCCUCACUAAUGUAGCAUCAGCACCAGAUGGAACAUCAAUGAAAAGGUGCUAUUUUGGUUUAUUUGAUAUACUUUUCACAAGUGACCGUUGUUAUUCCACUUUGAAAAUAACAUCUGUCUCUGAAAAUUCCAUUAGUGUAAUUAUUUGAAACCUGCAGACAGUUCUGUACAGAACAUUUUCCCAGAUGCUUCUAUAUAUACGCAUGACCUUUCAAGACUUCUCUUCAAGUCAUACUUCUGAUAUUGGUGAAUGCUUUUUCUUUGACUACAAGACAUGAACACUUAAGUCACACUGUGAUUGACCAGAAAUUCAUGCGGUUUAAUUUAACUGUACAGUGUAUUGUUGCUCACAUUGUUCCCCUCUGUACAUAGGCUGUAGUCACGACUGGGCGUUAAUCUCUGCUGCUGUAUAUAAGCAGCCGCAGGGCCCUGUGGCUGAUUCAAGUGGACAGCCAAUUAGACCUCCAUGACCUGAGGAUGUCGAGACAUUGCCAUGGUUUCCAAUUACGUGAUCACUGUAAUUGACAGUAAUAGAAACAAAGUGCACCCGAUGCAAACCAGAAAACUCAUCAGUGGUCCACCUGGAGUACUUCGAGACACACAUCUUACCUUCACUCUUGGGAGACAGCUCUGGAAACUAAAAGUGCACUUAAGUUAUUGAUCCCACUGUCCCAAUUUAAGUUGCAUGGUCUCAAUUUGAGGAAUCUGUCUCACUGUCUCAAUAGUCGGCACCUUUGUCCUGUCAGAAUGUUGGGAGGUAUGCCCUGAGCCCCUCUUAGGUUUGCUGUGCACAAAUGGGUGCAGCACACAAUGCAAUUAUGUUUUGGGGGAAAAGAGAUAAGGAGGCCAGGGGGAAAACACUUUGUGACAGCAUGCACUAUGCACCUGUUUCUAGGUCACUGCUACCCUUGCAUCAUUUGCCGCAGUUGCGUCUGCAACUUUAGCUAAUGACACUACAAAGUCCAUCCCUGGUGUACAUCCAUGAGUCCCAGGGGCAAGCACAGGAUAUCUGGUGGCCGAUUGCCAUAUGCUUAAUUUUAGAGCAAGCAUACAGUAGCCUGCCAGACGUAUAGGAAAAGCUGCUGUCACUGAGCAUGUGCAGCAGCUCCGAUCCAUCCCAUAUACUGCAUUCUGUGACAGCAACUAUAGUAAAGUCAUAUUAUACAAUAUCUGGACACUUUUUGAGCUGCUAGCUUGGAGGGGGAGGGGGAUUUCAGGGCAACUGGAAUCACCUUACUCCCCACCCCCCCUUCCCCACACACAUUUGCCAAUUUCUCCAAAUAUGCAAGGACUGAGAUGGCCACAACACAGUCCUCGCUUCUCUGGUGAGCCUUUAGUUGCACCAUUGAAUCUUGCACUAGGUCUAUGUCAGGUGCAGUUUCUUCACUUGAGUGUGACCUCCUACAGUAUGUGAGAGGUUGGGGAUCUCUGUACACAAUUUCUUUCAGCUUCAUGCCGGUAACACGCCUGUGUAGCUACCAUAAGGUGCAACAUCUCCGUACCCCAGUCACCUCUUAGUCACCGUCCAGGAACACCCUUUACAUUUCUGAAAUUGUACAUCCAAAUCUGUUCUGCAACUCUAUGGGGGGAAUUAAAUUGUUUGAAAAGUCGGUUGGGUGUCUGUUUUUUCCUGUCUAUUCAAUAGGAAAAAACAGACACUUAACUGACUUUUCAAACAAUUGAAUAUCCCCCAUAUAUACAAAAUUGGGAAGUAAUGUGCGGUGUCUCCCCAUUGCAUAUGCAUUGCAUACACAUCUAUGGCUUAAGUUCAUCAUGUGGGUGAGGGGGUCUUCAGGUCUUCACUACAUGGGUGAAUUAUGUGUGUGAAGUGCUUUAUUAUGUUCCUGUAGUGCAUCUGGAAAUGUGCUUCUCAACUGCAACAUGUAGGCACAAAAUGAGCCAUCAGAGGUAUACAGUAGGAAGGGACCCGGUGUCUGCCAGCUCUGGGUCGUUGCAUAAUUCAAAGCAUUUUAAAGAGUGGCAAUAGCCUUCUGUUCUCUGCACAGCAAGGAAAGCCACUAACCAGUUACCGUCCCCUUCCCUACACCUCAUUUUAGUCAUUUCACUCCAGAAAAGAGAAUUUCUAGUCUGAACUGCUCAGCAAAAUGAAGCACAGUGCACCUCUCCCUUAGAGUGUGGGCACAUUGCAGGGAUCUCCCAUAGCAUGCACAGAUCCUCCCCACAGAUUGUGCGUACGUAUGUUACUUCACCACUGCUGUAAUUUUGCUUUAUAAAUCAAGGCAAAUGUCAGGACUAAAGGUUUUUUGGGGGGAUUGUGGCAUAUCUAUAAUGGGUGAUGGGUGUGCGGCACACAUGGGCUCAGGGUAUGGAGGAGCCCACACCACAAACUCUGCACCCAGUGGCGUAUCUAUAAUAGGUGCAGUGUGUGCGGUGCACAUGGGCCCCCGGGGUCCAGAGGAGGCCCACACCACACACAUUGCACUCACUUCUUGUAUACUUACCUUUCUGGUGUCCAUCGGUGUCCGUGUGUGGGCCCCCUCCUCUCCCGUAGCC